AUGAUAAUACUUAAGGUUAUCCUUAUUGGAUUUGCGUGCCUUUCAAAUGUCUACGCCUAUCACGAUCCGGACCUUAACUACCAUUUGAGCCAAGUGCAAACUAUUCAAGAUUGUGGUGAUGCUGGGUACUCGUAUCCCACUCCAGCCGUGCAGCUUACUACUAAUGUGCAGCCGACCGAAGCCCCAAGACUUAUACAACCAGCUGUGCAGGCUCCAUUAAACAAAUACACCAUUAACAAAGGAUAUACACAGUUCUUUGAGCCGGCAGUACAGCAAUUGUCAUACCAAUCACAGCCGAGCUAUAGGGGAGCCCAAAGUUUCGAAUCCUAUAGCCUAGCGCAGGGAGAGCAGCAUGGAUAUGCGACGUCUCAAGGCUUAUCAGCAGCGUCGCAAACUAGAACCGUGACUCCUUUAGCGACAUAUGCACAAGCACCAAUCAUCGCUAAAAUAACUGCAGCACCUUUGCACGCCAGGUUUUCAGUGGCACCAGCUAAAACAUACUUGCCCCAAAACAUUUUCACUCAAGAUGUCUCAACGGGCUCUCUGGCGAAGGCAUCACUUAACUCUUAUAAUUUUGAAUCAUCUGGACCCGUCGUAUCCCAAGUAAUUGCUCCUGCCAGUGUGCGCUAUGCGACUGCUCCAACUUUACGAGUCCAGAGCAACCCUACAGUUUAUACGUCAGCGUCUAAUCAAUACAACCAGGAAUCAUUUGCGACAACCUAUAACCAAUAUAGUCAAGCAAGUAAUGCCGCAAGAGUGAGUUCAGUGUAUAACGCACCAGCUCAAUAUUCAGUAAGUCAAGUAUCACCAGUAAACCAGUAUGUGGCGCCUGCUGUCCAGUAUACUGCACCACCAGUAGUUCAGUACACACGGCCAGUUGUUACACAAUAUUCAGCGCCAGUCAUAACCCAACAUGUCACACCAGUGAAACAGUAUUCUCCGCCAGUGGUGGUCCAAAGUGCUCAGAACUACUAUUCAAGGCCAGUGCUAACGCAACGUGUGGCUCCUGUGGCAGCCGUCUCUCCUGUAAGAGUUCUAUCCACCGCCCAACAUGCUAAGAACGUACAUACGGAAUUUCUGGAAAACUAUGACGCCCAUCCUCGUUACGCUUUCGAGUAUGGAGUGAACGACCCCCACACUGGUGAUAUCAAGCAACAGAAAGAAGAAAGAGACGGAGAUGUUGUUAAAGGUCAAUACUCACUGGUGGAACCGGACGGUUCUGUUCGGACUGUCAACUAUGUAGCUGAUUGGGAAACCGGGUUUCAUGCUGAUGUCCACAACAGUAAAGACGACAAGCAUUAA